AUGGACUCACAGGGUGAAUCCCCGGCGAUAAACACAACGCAGCACCAGACGGAUGUGACGGUGUUGAAUGACCAGGACAAUUUGUCGGAAAACUUAGACGGGACCGACAAAGAGAAACAAGGAUCCGACUCCAGCCCUUUGGUUGUUGUCGACGGUGCAACAGUAAAAAACUUUGUCGACGCCGAGUACGCCUGCAACCGAGAGACGGUACGGAUGUUGGCGUCCCUCAUAGCGGCAGACGACCGGGCCAGAGUGAACGCAUGGCUGACCAAGUUGGACGAGUGCGAAGAUCCCGAGGUCCGAUCGUUGUACGUACUGUACUUGAUAAGGGCGGUAUCUUGCGGCCAUGCCAGGGCCGAACCGUUCCGGCACUUGCCUCACGACGGGCCGCUCAGGCGACUGAACGAGGUCGUCGAUUCAGCUCUGUUGUUCGGUUUGACCAGAGAGAACGCGCCGGAAGAGGACCGGGAGGCUAUUAGACCGACUCCCAAUACCCGAGUGCACCGAGAAUCGUUUUACAACCGUCAACCGAUACCCGAAGACGGGAUUUACUGUUACGCCGCUGCGUUCACUGACAUGGAAUAG